GAACCCAGCAGCUGCAAAGCUCUGUGGGAACUCCUGCUGCACCCCACGACAGGAUGUUGGUGGGCCGGUAGUGUACAGGUCUGCAGGUGAUCACAGCUGCUGUUCCUGACUCCUUCACGCACACCCUCACUGAGAUCAUAUGAAUAGCCUCCAUACUUAAGCUAGAAAGAGCCCACCAAAGUCCCCUCUGCAGCUUCAGGAGAGGCAAGACACAGCAACGAAGAGGAACUGAGGCAGACCCCUUUAGGAGUUGAGCCAUGGACCAACAUCUCAAAGCAUCUCCCAAGGCUAAGAAGGAAGAGCAUGUGGAGGAAGAGUCCACAUCCAGCAAGAGGAGCACCAACCCUACACCCCUGUCCUGGGGCUUCAAGACCAAAAAGAUCCGAAUUACCAAAAUCCCGAACCACUUCCAGGCACAGAAGGCAGAGAACAUCCUGGUCUUGGUGUCCUUUUCCAUCGGGCUCGGCAGCAUGUGGCGCUUCCCUUACCUGUGCCACCAGAAUGGAGGCGGCAGCUUUCUGCUGGUGUACCUCCUCCUCCUGCUGCUGGUGGGGAUCCCCCUCCUGUACAUGGAGAUGAUCAUCGGAGAGUGGCUGUGUGUGGACAACAUCCGGGCCUGGAAGCAGCUGGUCCCCUGGCUCAGUGGUUUGGGCUACUCCAGCGUACUGGCUUGUGUCUUGGUGAGCUUGUACAACAGUGUCCUGAUCUCCUGGAGCCUCAUCUACCUUGGCCAGUCCUUUGUUUAUCCUCCACCGUGGACAUACUGCCCCGUGGUGGGAAACGUCAGUCUGAUUGACCUCUCCUGCCUUCGGACAGUACCCCACCAGUAUUUCUGGUAUCACACCACCCUCCAAGCCUCCGACCAAAUGGAAGAAGGGAUUGAGGUGCUGGUCCUGAACAUCACCCUGUGUCUCUUGGCCACCUGGACCUUCCUGUGUGUCAUCAUGAUCUUUAGGAUAAAGAUUUCAGUGCUAAUGCGGAUUUUCUCCAUAGUCUUCCCCUGCGUCCUCCUCUGCUGCUUCUUCCUCCGAAGUCUCUUCCUACAAGGUGCCAUGGCUAGCCUCAGGCGCCUAGUGACCACAGAGCUCUCUAGCUUGUUAUCCCUGGACAUGUGGCGUCAGGCUGGAGGCCAUGUGCUCUACUCCCUGGGCCUUGGCAUGGGCACCAUCAUCACCUUCUCUUCCUCCCAGAAUAGAGGUGACAAUUAUAUCAAGCUGGCCUCCAUUAUGGCCGCGGCCAACCUGGCGACUUCAUUGCUGAGCACGUCCAUCAUCUUCCUGGUGCUGGGGUUCUGGACCACAACCAGCGGCUCCAGCUGCAUUGAGAAAAAUGUCUCCAAUCUGAUCAGGAUGAUAGACGAAGGCGUGCUACCCCAGACCUCCUGGCUCCCCAAAGACAUCAUCCACAGACCGCCACAGGAAUACCUGACCUGGGUCAGCCAGCUCCCCAGGAACCUCCAGAAAGAGGUGGUGCAUUUAUCCCUGCCCUGCAGCAUCCUGGUGCAGGAGAAGGUCAUGGAGAGCCCUGGCCUGGCAUACGUGAUCUUCUCUCAAGUCGCCUCAUUGUUUCCUGGUUCCUCUUUCUGGGCCAUCAUGUUUUUCAUGGUUCUGGUCAUCACAGGUCUGGGCACCAUGAUAAUGCUCCUGGAGGGCAUCGUGCCUCCCCUGCAGAACAACAUCCCCACCUUCACAAAGUAUCCCAAGCUGGUCCCAGUGGUUGUCUGCUUGGGAGGACUUCUGGGCAGCAUCGUCUUCACCAGCCGCCCCGGAAGCUACAUGGUGUUGCUGUUCGAUGACCACCUGGUCCCUAUGGUCCUCGUCACCAUUGUGGUGUUCCAGAACCUUUCUCUGGCUUGGGUCUAUGGAAUCAGGAGGUUUAGGGCUGAGAUGUUUGGCCAGCUGGGCCGCCUGGUGUGGGCGCCCUUCACCUUCCUGUGGAGCUACGUGACAUUGCCCACACUGCUUUCUCUGUUCAUCAUCUACUUCCUGAAUCUCUAUCACAGGGAACCCCUCAAUUAUAUCGCCUGGAAUAACAGUAUGGGCCAGGAAGUGAAGCAGCCUUACCAGAAGAUAGUCCUGAGCUGGGUCACCUUCCUCAGCAUCCUGGCACUCCUGCCUAUUCCCGUGCCGACACUGUACCACUGGUGGUACCUGGAUGACCACAUUAUCUGCGAGAUCGUAGAAGAAGAGCCUUCAUCCUCUAAAAAGACAGAAAAUAUAUUCAACGUGGCCAACCAGUGGCCUGCACACUCCCAGAGAAGACUCACCUUCAGAGCCCAGGACAAAAGCCAGACUCUACUCCUAGGCAAGAUUCCCGGAGAGACCUUCUUCCUUAGUACCCUCAACCCUGUUGGCAAAAUGGGAACAGGUUCAUCCUUACCUAUCCCCGAGGCACCAGAGCUCAUGACCCUCGCAGCAAGUGAUCUGGACUUCCUCAGCGCUGGACAGAAGUGACAGGCAUCUCGAGGCUUCUGCAGUGACCACGUCACCUGUUUUCAGUAAGUGGUGAUGUGCACCAAGCUAGUACCUGCCUCACCAAAGCAGAAGAUGGAUUUGCAAAAACCCAGUCCAAACUCUUGUGAGGGCCCUCACUGGGCCUUGGACAGGCACAGUCGACCUCAGAAGCCCGUCUUCCAGCAGUCUGGAUGCUGUGCCCAAGGCCCCCUGACUCUGUGAUGUGGACACAGUUUUAGUGUGCCCAUAUGGAUGUCUAGCACAGCCCCAGUUCCUAAGAGACACAGAGCCCCCUCUAUCGCUGUGGAGCCAUCAUGCUUGGGAGCGGUGUAGCUGACCUCCCAGGGACGAUGGUCUCAGAUGGUGUCAAGAUAGCAAUGUUGUCUGUCAAUAAAUGAGGUAGUGGACUACA